AUGUCUACUAAGGGUUUCAAGUCCGGUGACGCCUUCCCCGACGACGUGGUGUUCUCUUACAUCCCCUGGUCUGAGGAGGCUGGUGCCAUCACCUCUUGCGGUAUCCCCAUUAACUACUACGCCUCCAAGGAGUGGGCCAACAAGAAGGUUAUCCUCUUCGCUCUUCCCGGUGCUUUCACUCCCGUCUGCUCCGCCAACCACGUCCCCGAGUACAUCAAGAAGCUCCCCGAAUUGCGCGCCAAGGGUGUCGACCAGGUCGCCGUCCUCGCUUACAACGAUGCCUACGUCAUGAGCGCCUGGGGCAAGGCCAACGGUGUCACUGGAGAUGAUAUUCUCUUCCUCUCCGACCCCGACGCCAAGUUCUCCAAGAGCAUCGGCUGGGCUGACGAGGAGGGACGCACCUACCGCUACGUGAUCAUUAUCGACCACGGUAAGGUCACCUACGCCGCCAAGGAGGCCGCCAAGAACAGCCUCGUGCUCUCCAGCGCCGAUGCUGUCCUCAAGCAGUUGUAG